GAUUCGUCCGGUCACGCCUGACGCAUCCAACAUAAACGGGAAUAGCGUUUCUCUCCCGGCAGGAUCCGCCACGCAUCUAUAAUAAACUAAACCAUUGGGGUUUCGAGUGUCCGAGACGUGUUGUCGCCGUGUGUCUCUAUUGUAUGCAGCAUCUUCCAUUGAUCUGUUGAUAUCUGCUGGGAUCUUCUGCAUCUUUGGAAAAAAUCACCUCAAGUGCUGUACAUUAUUGGCCACCAUCACAGGCUUCUCUAUUAUAUUCCAUCGGGGCUCCACCGAAUCGAUGUGGUUUUGACUAAGAGAGAAUUUGGUGACCGUAGAUGUGAAUAUAUAGCCUAACAGUGUUUUCAUUCGUCGAUUUUAUUCAUCGUUACGUGCAGGCCGUGGUUUUCGUCACGGAUGUACACGAUGGGUUUCAGCGCUAAAUAUCGCGUAUGUUGUUGAUAAUUGGUGACAUUUAUCACGGAUGAAAGCCGUUUUCAGUCGUCGAGGACGGAGAGCAGCGCAAGGCGGGAUUCUUGCGUCUGCAUCAAUCGACGCACAUCUUUUUACCUCAGCUUUACCUCCGGUUUUUCCUUCUUAUGAUUAGUAUUAUUUACAUUUGUCAUUUUCUGUGAAAAUCACCUGAAUAGUUGUGUUAUUAAUUUAGUUUUUUAUUUCGUUAAAAAUCACCUGUCCACCAAAAGAGUGUCUCCAUCAGCUCAUCGUCUCAUUGCAAUACCCUUGACGAUCAACAGUUCAUCGCGUGAAGGCGGCAUGCCUCAAAAUUGGCGCGAAUAAUUCGCGCGAUUCGUCAAAAUUGAAUCUAAGAGUUUCUGCUCAUGGUGACUAAUAAACCGUAUCAUUUCUCAUCUUCAAUCAUGGAUGCUUUUAAUGUUAAAUGGUAAUUUGUGUUAUCGCCAGGGCCAGAGGACUGUAUUCUUAUUGGAAUAUACCAUUCUCUUUUAAUCAUUCCUCUUGCACAGACUGAAGGCGCUCUAUACUGGGGAAUAUUUUGAUUUUAAUAUUAUGUUUUCAGUCCUUUUUUUGCCUGGAAGAUGGCAGCUGUUUAAAUUUUAAUCUUAAUGCAUUCUGGCGACACAGGAGGAGAAGAGGAGAACAGAGUGAAUCAGGGUGGAGAGGAGAGAGGAGAGGCAGUGGAGAGGAUGUAGGGUGGAUACGGGAACACCUCAAGGUUCAUCACACUUUAGAGGGAGAUUGUCCCGCCCCUUUCACCUUGUCCGUUCCUCUGUCGUUACCAUGGCGCUGUCACUGUGGUUACUGUGGAUGUGUCCUGUGUUGCUUAGCAACAUCGCUCCCUCUGAACAAGGUCUCAGCCGUGCGGCCAUGCCAUUUGGUCUCAUGAGGCGAGAGUUGGCGUGUGAGGGGUAUCCCAUAGAGCUGCGCUGCCCAGGAAGUGAUGUCAUCAUGAUAGAGUCGGCCAACUACGGGCGCACAGACAACAAGAUCUGUGAUGCCGACACAUUUCAGAUGGAGAACGUGCACUGUUACCAACCUGACGCCUUCAAGAUCAUGUCACACAGGUGUAAUAACAGGACUCAGUGUGUGGUGGUGGCAGGAGCUGAUGUGUUUCCUGAUCCCUGUCCUGGAACUUACAAAUACCUGGAGAUCCAGUAUGAGUGUGUCCCUUACAUUUUUGUUUGUCCUGGAACAUUAUUGCGAGUGUUGGAGCCCAGUUCAGUGCGGGAGGCGGAGCAUCAAUCGGGGGCGUGGUGUAAGGACCCUCUGCAGGCGGGUGAUAGGCUGUAUGUAAUGCCCUGGACACCUUAUAGAACAGACAUGCUGUAUGAAUAUGCUUCCUGGGACGAUUACAUCCAAAACAGGGUCACAACUACUUAUAAGCUGCCGAGUCGAGUCGAUGGCACUGGUUUUGUCGUGUAUGAUGGGGCUGUGUUCUACAAUAAGGAACGUACACGCAACAUUGUGAAAUAUGACCUGCGAACACGCAUCAAGAGUGGUGAAGCCAUUAUUGCAACCGCAAACUACCAUGGCACGUCGCCGUAUCGCUGGGGCGGCAAAUCUGACAUUGACCUCUCAGUGGACGAACAUGGGCUGUGGGUCAUUUACGCCACUGAAGCCAACAGCGGACGCCUGGUUGUUAGCCAGGUAAACCCAUACACACUGCGUUUUGAGGGAACUUGGCAGACGAGCUUCGAGAAGCGCAUGGCAUCAGAUGCAUUUGUUGCGUGUGGCAUAUUGUAUGCCGUUCGCUCCGUGUACCAGGACGAUGAUAGUGAGGCAGGCGGCAACCUCAUUCUGUAUGCCUAUGACACGCGGCGUAACCGUGAGGAGCCGGUGAGAAUCCCGUUCCCCAACCCAUACCAGCACAUCUCCUCCAUCAGCUACAACCCCAGAGACAACCAGCUAUAUGUCUGGAACAAUUACAUCAUCCUGAGAUACCCGCUGGAGUUCAUCCCACCACAGCCCACCUCAGAUCCUCUGUCUACUCCUCAUCUCUCCACCACUCCUCUGAGCUCUCUCUCCUCUACGGUGUCAAUGGGCUUCAGUCCCACCUCCAUACCGUCCAUUACCUUUCACCCAGUAGGGGCCAUUAACAGAGCUCCGGCAGGGCGGCCCAUCACUGCCACGGUACCGGUGACCGUGAGGCCCCCUCGCCGCCCACAGGGGCCCCGCACACCCAUGUGCGAGGGCCGGGUAACCCGCGGUGUACAGUGGCCCCCUACACACCGAGGAGAAACAGUGGAGAGACCCUGUCCUAAAGGAUCAAUUGGAAUAGCAUCAUAUCAGUGUAUGGCCGAUGACGUGGCUUGGAAUCCCAGAGGUCCUGACCUCAGCAACUGCACCUCCCCAUGGGUCAGCCAGGUCACUCAGAAGAUCAAGAGUGGUGAGAACGCAGCACAUAUUGCUGCUGUACUUGUGAAUCACACACGGGGGCGGGUCUAUGCUGGUGAUGUCACUUCCUCUGUGCGCCUGAUGGAGCAGCUGUUGGACAUUCUGGACUCGCAGCUGCAGGCGCUCCGCCCCGGCAACAAAGAGGCAGCAACACGCAACUAUAACAAGCUUCAGAAGAGAGAGCGCACCUGCAGAGCGUUUAUUCAGGCGGUGGUGCAGACGGUGGAUAAUCUGCUGCGGUUGGAGGCGCUGGAAUCAUGGCAGGACAUGAACUCCACAGAACAAUCACACACCGCCACCAUGCUGCUCGACGUCAUGGAGAAAGGAGCGUUCCUGUUGGCCAAUAACCUGUACGGAGGUCACUUCAGCGACCGCGCACCUAAUGUUGAUCUGGAGGUGUAUGUGCUAAAUACAGAGAUGGAGUUGAAGGAUUUGUCAUUCCCGAACUCAUAUGACAGUGACAGCACCAUCCACCUGUCAUCAUCCACCAUCAAACAAUACAGCCGCAACGGUCAGGUGAAAGUGGUUUUUAUGCUCUAUAAGAAUCUGGGCUCGUUUCUGUCGACUCAAAACGCCACGGUGAAGACAGACGGUGAGUUGAAGCCUGGAGGAGACAGUCUGGCCGUCAACUCACACAUCAUCUCAGCAUCUAUGAACAAAGAGUCCAGUCGAGUGUUUCUGACAGAACCGGUGCUCUUCACACUGCGACACCUGCAGCUGGAGAAUCACUUCAGUCCAAACUGUUCAUUCUGGAAUUACUCGGAGCGAUCGAUGAAGGGUCAGUGGUCAUCACAGGGCUGCAGACGUCUGCACAGUAACAACACACACACCACCUGCGCCUGCUCACAUCUCACCAACUUCGCUGUGCUCAUGAACCACCAGCAACCUGCUUAUCCGGGUGGAAUUCAGGGUUUGAUUCUGUUCGUCAUCACGUGGGUGGGGAUGGUGAUUUCUCUGGUUUGUUUGGGUCUGUGUAUCUCCACCUUCUGCUGUCUGCGAGGUCUUCAAAGUGACCGCACCACCAUCCACAAGAACCUCUGUCUCACACUCUUCAUCUCACAGCUGCUCUUCCUCAUCGGCAUGGACAAAACACACUACACCGUUGUGUGUCCAGUGCUUGCUGGUCUGCUUCAAUUCUUCCUGCUGUCGGUCUUCUGCUGGCUCUGUAUGGAGACUGUGCAGCUGUAUGUGCUGUUGGUGGAAGUGUUUGAGAGCGAGACGUCUCGACGGAAAUACUAUUACCUGUCGGCGUACGGAUUCCCAACGCUGGUGGUGGCCAUUUCAACUGCAAUUGACUACAGGAGCUACGGAGGACCCAAAGCUUGUUGGCUGAGGGUGGAUAACUACUUCAUCUGGACCUUUAUUGGCCCCGCCUCCCUCGUUAUCUUGCUGAAUCUGGCAGUGCUGGUAAUCACUGUUCACCGCAUGCUGCGUCACUCCACCGUACUGAAACCAGAUUCCAGCCGAUUCGACAACAUCAAGUGCUGGACGCUCAGCUCAGUCACACUGCUGUUACUCAUCUCUUUGACGUGGAUUUUCGGCCUCCUGUUCAUUAAUGAUAACAGUGUGGUGAUGGCGUAUCUGUUCACCUCAUUCAACGCUUUACACGGCAUGUUCAUCUUCCUGCUGCACUGCGCACUUCAGAGGAAGGUGCAGAAAGAAUACAGCAAAUGCUUGCGUCAGUCAUCCUGCUGUGGCCACGCCUCCUCAUCUGGUUCCCAUGGGUCCCUGAAGAGCUCCGCCCACCGAGGCAACAAUCGCUACUAUGGUGGUAGCCAAUCGCGACAUGCCCCAGCACAAAGACAGAGUCGUAUCAGGAGGAUGUGGAAUGACACCGUUCGACGGCAAACGGAGUCAUCCUUCAUGGCAGCAGAGAUUAACAACACACCCACACUCACCCGAGGCACUAUGGGUAAUCACCUCCUGGCCAAUCCAAUGCUGCAGACUCGCUCUGGCUCCUCCCCUUACAACACCUUAUUGGCUGAAACAUUCAACCCGCCCUCACCAGCAGUGUUCAACGCCACUGGCACUUUCAGAAACUCAAAGGGCACACUGUCGUGCAGUCGCGAGUCUUGCGGGUUGGAGGGAGUUCGUCUGAAUGGAAACUACAACAACAGCUAUUCACUGCAUGGAGGAAGCUCUGACCUGCUCGGGGGCGUUCCUGUGGGAUCAGGGUGCGUGUCCGGAGAGGUCAGCCCAGCCCUUUUGACACCCAGAGGAGCGGAGCCUUCUGGCGGUCUGCGGCGAAACCUUUCCGACGCGGCAGCGUUGGAGAAAAUUAUCAUAUCUGAGCUGGUGCAGAGCAACUUGCGGUCCGCCACCGAUCGUUACGGCAAUGGAACGAGUUCUACGAUGCACCGUCAGGACUACGCCACGUCGACGGGUCACCGAGAACCUCCACAAAGGCCUCUGCCACGCCCCCCUCCCCCACCCCCGCAGGACGAGGAGGAGUUACUAUACAAAGCUUUGGAAAAGCCACGCCUACCGGAUAAACCCCGCCUACCUGACAAACCCCGCCUUCCAGAUAAGCCUCGACUCCUGGAGCACGCUCAGUCCGUAUUCUACCAGAGCGAGGAGGACUCGGAAAGCUUCUCUGCGGAAAUCACGGACAGCGUGGGCGGGGCCGGGCCUGACUCCGCUUCCCUGUACGCACGGGACCGGGAUUCGUCCUAUCCUGACAGCAGUCCUGAGGCACUUGGGACGGAGUCACACCCGACCCUCCCGCCGGACGAGCUGUACUUCAGCACGGGACGUCAAGCACACAUCUCAGCGUUUUACCAACCUCCUGUGCGCAGGACCAAUGACGAGGGGCGACUCGCGCUGCAGCCCUCGCAGGGUGAAGGUGACGGACAGAUGCAACUGGUGACGAGUCUGUGACUAGGGCGCUGGUGACCGGGACACGCAGAUCUGGAGGAGGAAUAUGUGGAUGAGCAUCAUCAUCAUCAUUGGAAUUAAAAUCAGGGUGAAUCUCACCGGUCUCACCGGUCUCACCGGUCAAGAACACGUCUCGUCUAAUUAAAAUGAUUUCAUUAUCAUUUCUGUAAUGCGACAAAGAAUUCUCAUUACUAAAAUGCAAAAUAAAUAAUGUUAAAUUAUUUGAAUUAAAACUAAUUAAAGCUAAUUUAUGCAACAUGGUACACAGUAAAAGUCGUUGUCUUUGUAAGUAUUUUUGUCUUGUUUUCCAUUAAAAAUAUCUAAACAUUUUUAAAACAAUAUAAACUUACCUGAGAAGCAAUUUUGAUAAUUUGUCUUUUCAGAGACAUCUAACAAAAUGUAAUAACAUUUAUGCUUAUAACAAGAAAAAAGCAUUUGACAAUGGGGUAAGAAAAAAAACUUGAUUCAAAGGUAAAACGCAUUUAUUUUCUACCUAUUAUUAUUUCUUUAUUUUUAUUUAUUUUUUCCUCUAAAAACGACUUAAUAUCUUAUGACAUAAAGCUUUUAAAGUAAUUUUUCUUAUUUUAAAGAUGUUUAAAUAUUUUUACCGGAAAACAAGACAAAAGUACUUCUCUAAAUGAUUUUUUUUUUUUUUUUUUGCAGUUUAAUAUUUAUUGUACUGCCUUUAUUUUAUGCUGAUUUAAAAAAUAUUACAUAUAUAUAUAUAUUGUAUUAUAGUAUUUUUUACUUUGAGAGUAAAAUUCCCUCAAAGUCUUAAUUUUAAAUAAUCUCAUGCUUAAUACUGUAAUGCAAAAAAAAAACGUAAUGCAAUAUUAUUUAAAAUGUAAAAUUAAUUCAAAUUAAUUUAAAAACUAAUAUUACAGUAGUGAGAAUUUAAUCAUUGUGAUUAGUUACCAUUAAAAAUAUCCAAAUGAUGACGGUUCUUAAAAUAGGCUUCAUGUUCUUCAUGCAAAAUAUAAUGCCUUAUUUUUGAUUUUGGGAUGAAAUAUGACCUGCACGUGUUUUCAUGAGAUUCAACCAUCUGUAUGCAGCUACGUUCCUCUAGUGCAUACUUUUGGAAUACAUGUACAGAUAAUGAUAUAUCAUUAAAAGAUAAAGCAGUGCAGUGAAAGUCUUAAAAACAAACGACCCCUUGUUAGACCUUGUUAGAGAAAAAGGAAACGCACUGAUGAUGAUGAUGAUGGUGAUGGCUUCCUCCUCCACGUCUCUGUCUCCUGGUCACCUGCACACCCACCCUGAUCAUCUCACUGCCAUUCAAACACAUCACUCCCGCUCUUUGAUUUUCAAUAUUUCACCCUUUCCACUGAAAUGACCAGUGUGGACCAGUAUGAAUUUCCAGGCUGGUUUGGUGCUGGUCUAGCUGUUGGACCAAGGAAGCUUUGUUAAGCUAGUUAAGAAGCUUGAUAGAGACACCAGCAUCCAAAAUCAUACAAUUCACUCAAAAAAUUACAUUCUGUCAUCAUUUACGCACCCUCAUACACCUUCCAAACCUUUAUGACUUUGUUUCUUCCGUGGUAAAAAAUCACAAAAGUUGUCUUUUUUAAGAAAAUUUUGGCCACUUUUUUUCCAUAUAAUGAAAGUGAACAAGGACUCGAGUAUCAAGCUCUAAAAUAACAAAAAACACCUUAAACGUAUCAUAAAAGUAGAGCACACGAUAUAUUAAAAGCGUUAUAUUAAAAAUCAUUAUUCACUGAUAAUCUUCCCUUCAUGGAAAAGUCCAAUUCGUAAACAAAUCAUUUUUGUGAACUUGAUCAACCGAGUCAGUGUUAUACAGUGUUAUUUCUCUUAUGAACACUUAAAUUAUUGUCUGUUUCUCACACAAACGUAUUGUAUGACUACAUAAGACUUGGAAUAUAGCACACAAAUUGCAUGGACCACUUUUAUGAUACAUUUGUUAAUUUUGGAGGUUGAGAGCCCUAAUCCUUGUUCUCUUUAGUUAUAUGGAGAAAAGCAGUGUGGAUAUUCAUCUAUUCCUUUUGGAGAGAUCUUCAAACGGGACCGUUUUCCCUCCAUUUGUCCAUUCUUCCAUGUCUUUUUCUAUCUCGAACUCCUUCUUUCAGGGUGGAGUGUUGUUUAAGUAUCUAACCUUUUACAGAAUGUGAUAACACUUCACACUACAGACAGCAGCUCUUGUACAUGCCAAAAAAUUCCUGUCAUUGGAUUCACACACAAAAACACAAAGUUACACUUUUUAGGAGCAGCUCACAGAGGUUAAAAGUUAAGAGUGACGGGAUCGCCAAGCCAAAAAGUUAAUCAGACUGUUGUUUUUCGGCAGUAUGGCGAACAAGCCGAACAUAAACUGUUGUGCCACCUGCCUGGACACCAACCAAUCAUCUCCUUCGGUGUUGGUAACACCUACCAAUCAUCCCGUUGCUCUUUGAGGGCGUCGACUCGAUGCCCCGCCCCUUCCUGUGUUUGAGUAGCUUGAUCAAGCAUAUCGUUCAACGCAACGACGGACUUCUUGUAAAUAAAAACUGUGAGACGUGACGUCUCGAGACAUGCUUCUCUUUCACUUCUGAGUUUAUGGUUGAAAAAAUUCGUAAAGAAUAUGUAGAACAGAUGACACCGUCUCCUUUUCUCACUCUGUCUCUUUCUGUCUCUCUCGCUCUCAGAGUGCUUCAUGUAAAAAGAUAAGAAAUGAUUUUUAAACAAAAUAAAAACAAACAAA